AUGAAAUAUUUUCAAGAGGCCAAGAAAGAAGUUAAAUAUGAGAAGGAAGCCGAGAAGGAAGCCAAGAAAGAAGUUAAGGCCAAAAAGGAAGCAUGGAAAGACGUUAAGGCCGAAAAAGAAGACAAGAAGAAGCAAAGUGCUUCUGGUCCAGCAAGUGCUUAUGGCCCAGCAAGUGCUUCUGGUCCGGCGAGUGCUUAUGGCCCUACAAGUGCUUUCGGUCCUGCAAGUGCUUCUAGCGAGAAAGAAGAAGAGAAAGAAAAAGAGAAAGAAGCCAAGAAAGACGCCAAGAAAAAAGAUAAGGACGAGAAAGAAGCCAAGAAAGACGCCAAGAAAGAAGAUAAGGACGAGGAGGAAGCCGAGAAGGAUGCCAAGAAAGAAGAUAAGGACGAGGAAGAAGCCGAGAAAGAUGCCAAGAAAGAAGCUAAAGAUGAGAAAGAAGCCGAGAAGGAUGCCAAGAAAGAAGCUAAAGAUGAGAAAGAAGCCGAGAAGGAAGCCAAGAAAGAAGUUAAGGCCGAAAAGAAAGCCAAGAAUGACGGUAAGGACGAGAAAGAAGCCAAGAAUGACGAGAAGCAAAGUGCUUCUGGUCCAGCAAGUGCUUAUGGCCCAGCAAGUGCUUCUGGUCCGGCGAGUGCUUAUGGCCCUACAAGUGCUUUCGGUCCUGCAAGUGCUUCUAGCGAGAAAGAGGAAGAGAAAGAAAAAGAGAAAGAAGCCAAGAAAGAUGCCAAGAAAAAAGAUAAGGACGAGAAAGAAGCCAAGAAAGACGCCAAGAAAGAAGAUAAGGACGAGGAAGAAGCUGAGAAGGAUGCCAAGAAAGAAGAUAAAGAUGAGAAAGAAGCCGAGAAGGAUGCCAAGAAAGAAGCUAAAGAUGACAAAGAAGCCGAGAAGGAUGCCAAGAAAGAAGCUAAAGAUGACAAAGAAGCCGAGAAGGAUGCCAAGAAAGAAGCUAAAGAUGAGAAAGAAGCCGAGAAGGAAGCCAAGAAAGAAGUUAAGGCCGAAAAGAAAGCCAAGAAUGACGGUAAGGACGAGAAAGAAGCCAAGAAUGACGGUAAGGACGAGAAAGAAGCCAAGAAUGAAGGUAAGGACGAGAAGAAGGACGAGAAAGAAGCCAAGAUCAGUGCCCCUGCCCCUGCACCCAGCGUGAAAUAA